GUCACAUCCCCGCUGUCCCGGGGUACAUCCCCGCUGUCCCAGGUACAUCCCCGCUGUCACGGGGUACAUCCCCCUUGUCUCAGGGCACAUCCCUGCUGUCCCGGGGUACAUCCCCCCUGUCUCAGGGCACAUCCCACCUGUCCCAGGGUACAUCCCCGCUGUCCCAGGUACAUCCCCGCUGUCCCGGGGCGCAUCCCCGCUGUCCCAGGAUAUAUCCCCACUGUCCCAGGGUACAUCCCCGCUGUCCCAGGGCACAUCCCCGCUGUCCCAGGAUAUAUCCCCCCUGUGCCAGGGUACAUCCCCGCUGUCCCCCCUGCUCCACCCGCUUUGCGCUUCCCUCUCGGCCCCUGCGGGUGGAGCUGACGCUCUGCUCAGCCGCUUCCCGCUGCCGCCGGAGCCGAGAAAGCCCUUUUCCAAGCGUGAAAAAGUACCACCUCCUCUGUCCUUUACCCCCAACCCAAAAUGCACAGGGAGACCCGAGCUACAUCCUUCCAAAAAGCAGGUUUUGCCUCCUUUCACUUAG